CAAGACAAAAAGUCCGGGCCUAGCAACCAGCAAACAGUGCAGCACUAAUGGAGCGCCCUGAGCCGACGUGCCUGUGCGAGCUGUGUGACUGCGGUCGGCACAAACACCACAAGGACUGCAAGCUGAAGCACACCAGCGUGACCUUGGGCUACGAGGACACUCCAUGCCGACUGACCCACUACCAGAGCACAUUCAUCCAGCCUCACAAUGUUCGGAUUCGCAGCAGCAAGCGGCCCCUGCGUACCCCCUUUCACCCCAAUCCACCAGCCAUGCAGUUUGAGACAACUAAUCGGCGGGAGUUUGUGGCACAAAAGCAACAGCCACAGCGGGUACAACCCUUCAUGCAGAGGGAGAAGCACAAGCCGCCUAAGGAGCCUUUUGCAGGCCAGACGGCAUACAACCAGGAUUUCCCCAGCAAGGAGCUCCAGGAAGUGAAGGUCACCAGGCCUCGCACCCACGUCCAGGUGCCUGCUGCCUCCGUCAGGUUCUGCGACUCCACCACCAACAAGGAGAUGUUUCGUGGGCCACCAGGGGGACCCCAAAGUCGCUACGGGGAGCUUCCUGCAAUCGUGGGCUGCCUGCUCUACCCUGACCAGAAGGAGGCGAUGAUGACCACCACACAGAGAGAAUUUGUGAAGAAAAUGGGAUCAAAGCCCGAACUUAUCAAGGCCGUGCCUGGCACCCUCAAAAACGAAGGGGACCAGGACAUGAGGACCAUACACCAGAUCACCUUUAAGCCUCUUCCCUUGGAGAAGGCCAGGGUGAUCGGCAGACCAAAGCCAUCGGAAAACGAGCCUCUGAUAAGAGGGGGGCACAUGGAGACUGUCACCAAGUAUCGCGCCGACUACCCCAUUCAGGAGUACCUCCCUGAGAAGAGCAGGCCAGCCUACCCACCAGCGGAUAACCUGGCAAUCAACCACAGCUUCCAUGGUGACUUUAAGACGGAGCAGAGAGAGGUUUUCAGAGGCUGGGAUACGCGCAAGCAUAAGCGGCCCGCGCCGGCACGGCUGAAGGAGGAGCUUUCCGAGUGGGAACGGGGAGGCCAUUUCGAUGGAGACACCGUCACCAAGCUUGCUUUUCAGUCCAUGCCAGUGGCUCUCACAGAGUCUAUCAACCGACCCCGGACGGCUCUCCGAGUAGCAAAUGGCAAGUUUGACGACACUACUGCCAACAAGAUCUUCUACUCAAAUUGGGGGGUCCAGCCCCACGUAAGACAUGGAGACCUAUAUGAUGGAACCUAUGUGCGGCCACUGGGCAGCUUUGAGCGCCAGACUACCAAUCGGUGCCAGUUCUACCAGAAGCAUGGAGAAAUGGUGCCCAGCUGCAAACCACAGGACAAGCCAGUGGAGGCUCAAGGGGAGCAUGACUUCACCACUGUCCACAAGGAGACAUACAGGCCUAUUUCUCUACCACCCUGUCAGCUCGAGAUAUUCAUGAAGCAGAAGCAGCAGCUGAAAGAAAACGUACCAGCAUGAGUAGGAGCCCACCCUCAUUAUGUGUGUACUAACUCUGCUUCUUACUGACAAACACGACCUUCACAUCUG